CCUCCUAGGUGGCCCGAGGCAGCCGGGAUGACAGCUCUCCCCAGGAACCCUGCUACCCGCUGAGAAACAUGAUCAGCAAAUCCCGCUUGAAGCUCCUGGCCAUGUUGACGCUGGUCCUGAUCGUCAUGGUGUGGUAUUCCAUCUCCCGAGAAGACAGGUACAUUGAGCUUUUUUAUUUUCCCAGCCCAGAGAAGAAGGAGCCGUGCUUCCAGGGUGAGGCAGAGAGGAAGGCCUCUAAGCUCUUUGGCAACUACUCCCGAGAUCAGCCCAUCUUCCUGCAGCUGAAGGAUUAUUUCUGGGUCAAGACGCCGUCUGCCUACGAGCUGCCCUACGGGACCAAGGGGAGCGAGGACCUGCUUCUCCGGGUUCUAGCUAUCACCAGCUACUCCAUUCCAGAGAGCAUCCAGAGUCUCAAAUGUCGCCGCUGCGUGGUGGUGGGGAAUGGGCACCGGCUUCGCAAUAGCUCGCUGGGAGACGCCAUCAACAAGUACGACGUGGUCAUCAGAUUGAACAACGCCCCAGUGGCUGGCUAUGAGGGCGACGUGGGCUCCAAGACCACCAUGCGUCUCUUCUACCCUGAGUCUGCCCACUUCAACCCCAAAGUGGAGAACAAUCCAGACACACUCCUUGUCCUGGUAGCUUUCAAGGCAAUGGACUUCCACUGGAUUGAGACCAUCCUGAGUGAUAAGAAGAGGGUGCGAAAGGGCUUCUGGAAGCAGCCUCCCCUCAUCUGGGACGUCAACCCCAGACAGGUGCGGAUUCUCAACCCCUUCUUCAUGGAGAUCGCAGCUGACAAACUGCUGAACCUGCCCAUGCAGCAGCCUCGCAAGAUUAAGCAGAAGCCCACCACAGGCCUGCUGGCCAUCACCCUGGCACUCCACCUCUGCGACCUGGUGCACAUCGCUGGCUUUGGCUACCCAGACGCCCACAACAGGAAGCAGACCAUUCACUACUACGAACAGAUCACGCUCAAAUCCAUGGCGGGGUCAGGCCACAACGUCUCCCAAGAGGCCCUGGCCAUCAAGCGGAUGCUGGAGAUUGGAGCAGUCAAGAACCUCACCUUCUUCUGACUUGGGCAGGAGUUCUACCCAACAGUCUGCCCGCUCUGCCACCUGAGCGGCCCCAUCCCUGGCUGUGGGGGUGCCUGGCACCAGCAGGACCUGCCUGGACUCACCAUCCCCCGUGUGGAGAGGGGUCCUGGUACUGGCCAGGUCUGAGAUGAGGCCGUGCCCCGGGCUGCUCUUGUGGAGGCCCGAUCCCGUCAGGGUGGAGGCCCUGGGGUGGUGGGAGGCCGUUCGAGGCAUGGGGUCUGUUGGCUGUGGCAUCCCUUCUCCACCAGCACCGGGAGGUUAUUUAAUGGGCUAUUUAAUUAAAAGGUAGGAAUGUGCCAUGGGCUGGUCCCAUGGCAUCUGGAAGAGAGGGCAUAGUACAGUGUUCUGCCCGCUUUUUAUAAAAAACACGAAAGUGCUGGGCCCACCAAAGCCUAGACCCAGAGCAGGCCUCCCAGGAGGGCAGGGAUGUCCGGAGUGGGUGGGUGCCCUCCAGAGAGGGGCUGCUACCUCCCAGCAGGCAUGGGAAGAGCACUGGUAUGGGGGUUCCACGGAGAA